AGCAGUUUCUACCAAGAAGUUCAUUGGAGCCGAGGAGCCUUCAAUCUCGACUAAUCCGGAGGAGCCACAAAUAAUUUGCAUUCGCGUUUGUCCUGCGGCAGAUCGAAUAUGUCAAUUUUCCAGCACAAAUACAAACCGAUAAACACUUCAGGUCAAGAUGAAGGCAACCCAAUAGUAACAGUCAAUCGGAAGCCUGUUCGUAGGAUAUGCAAGUGCCAGUCUUCAGUCCUUGCUGAACUUGGAGAAAAGGGAAAGCUCCAAGACACACAACCCAGAUUUGGCCCAUUUUACCGCCGAGAUGAGCCGGCGGUCAAUGGAAAGAAGGAAGCGUGGGAUAAGGUAUUGGAAAAAUCUGAAGACAGGAACAAAACCAAAGAAGAUUACUUGUUUUCUAUAAGAAGGAUAGAGAAAAGAGCCAGGGCUAUUUAUGCUGAUGCAGAUUCAGGAGACCUGGAUGACUUGACAGAGUCUGAGUUCCGCUGGAUGAUGAUUAAAGAUGGUUGCUUCUUCCUCCAGUUGGCAUUAUUCAUCCUUGGAGUUCCGUCCGGGAAAUUGGGGUAUUCUUCCAAUCACAUAAUUUUUGGCAAAAAAAGGAACAAGGAGGACGUCAAGAAAUGGAUUCAAGCGAUGUUCUUUGUUGGAAAUCAAUUACCACUUUUGGUGCUAAACGAGUUAAUGAAGCAAAGGUUUUUCCAGACAAUUUUGCCUGAGGUGGACAAGGAAACCCCAGCAGAUGUGCCCAGGAGGAUCUUGUAUGAGUCAAUGGUUUUGCCUGCUCGAGAAUAUAUGGAAAAUCAAACUAUGACAUCUCCAACUCCCCGGAGCGGGCAGCAACAACCUUCUGACUUGCUCCAUGCCCUUCACACCUCGAUGUGUGGGUCGGGAGGAAGUCUGCGGAAUGCCAACCUCCUUGCAAAUGAAACAGAAAAUGUUGAUCUGGAAGCCGGCAGGGGUGUCAACCAGGCCAAGAACUUGACUUUCAGUGCCACGGAGUUGAAAAAAAAGGGAAUUUAUUUUCAAAAAGAGGAAAAGGUGGGAUGUACUCAUAAGAUUAGUUUUAAUGACUACUUCCUCUUCUCUCGUCUUUACUUGCCGGUUUUUACUGUUGAUGAUGAUACGGAAUUAGUAUUCAAAAGCUUGAAGCUUUACGAAGUGAGUCAGGGCAAGCACGAACGCGAGGUGAGAUCCUAUCUGCAUUUGAUGAGUGAUCUCAUUUGCACGUAUGAGGAUGUCAAACUCUUAGCAGAGAACGGAAUCAUCAAGGCAGACAACCUUUACCUUAAAGAAAAGUUGCCGACAAUCUUGGACAACAUGGUCGGCCAGGACAAGAUCAACACUUCAGACCACCAUACUUUGAGGAUCAGACUUAGAGAUUAUAACAUAGCUCCCUGGGAAAAGUUCAAAAUAGUGGCUUUCUUGAUUUUUGUCUUCACCGCAGUCCAAGCAUUCCUUGCACUGCUUGGUUACAUCAGACCCCGACGUUAAUGGCUUCCCACAACUUCAAGAAUUCAGUUAUUGGAGAUCUUUGCUCUUCCUUCCCACAACCUGUACUAAUGUUUUGACUGGUUCAAUGCACCAGUUCUUGCAUUU